AUGUUUGAUCAAGAGCUACGUUCUGAUUCAGAUUUUUGGAAACUUGUGAAAGAAAAAGAAAUCAUCGAUAAAGAAGAUUUACCAGUACCGAUUCCAUAUUUAAGCGAUAACAUUAACAAUGAUAGUGAAGAUAAUGAUGAUUUAAUUAAUGCUGAUGUUGCUGCCAGUUCAUCAAUUAAUCAUUCACCUACAGAGCCAGCAUCCAGUGCUUCAUCUGAAGAAACAUCAGAAACACGACAUGAUCGCAUACGAAGAGUGGCUACCCGCAAUUAUUCGAAUUUUGCAGAUAAAAAAAUGAAGCGCUUUCAAAACAGUACGGCUAGCGAAGUCGAAAAUUUUAGUUCAAAUGAUUGUGUGGGCGUGAAGAUUCAGUGUUAA